AUGGCUCGCCCACGACGAACAUCAAGCAAUCUCGGGGGUGACCCUCGCGGAGACACCAGUGGCCCUGCGUGGGCUACAAUGACGCCCAAACAACCCCUUCAGCCUUCCAACAGCGAAAAAGAACUAAAGCCUCACUCGAAGCGUCGGAAAGCCCGAUCGGCAUUUCGAAAAUGGAAGAACCUGUCCUAUCGGCAUACGUGGCUGAACCCGCUCCUCCUCAUGCUCGCCAUCCUAACCGCCUACUUCAUCAAUCCUGGGGAACAGAACCCCUUUCAUAAAGCCAUCUUCCUGUCAUACCCACUGGGGCCGGACUAUCCAGGUGGACCGAAUAUGUACGGCAAGGGUUACGCAGAUUGGGCCUUUGUGGGCUUCUAUACGAUCGUCCUGACCUUCACGAGAGAGUUUAUCAUGCAGAGAAUACUUCGGCCACUGUCGGUCUAUUGCGGCAUGAAGAAGAGGGGGAAACAAUCGCGAUUUAUGGAACAAGUCUACACGGCCAUCUACUUUGGCAUUUUUGGGCCUUUUGGACUCUAUGUCAUGGCACAAGGGCCCCUGUGGUAUUUCAAUACCACGGCCAUGUUUGAGGGGUUCCCGCACCGAAAGCACGAAGGAGUCUUCAAGGCCUACUAUCUGCUGCAGGCCGCUUACUGGGCUCAGCAAGCCAUUGUUCUCAUGCUGCAACAGGAAAAGCCUCGAAAGGAUUUCCGAGAGUUGGUUCUGCAUCAUAUCGUGACGUUGUCGUUGAUCGGGUUGAGCUAUCGUUUCCACUUUGCGAAAAUGGGUAUUGCAGUCUACAUUACCCAUGACAUUAGUGACUUUUUCCUUGCGACAUCCAAAACGUUCAAUUAUCUCGACUCCAUUAUUGUCGGACCGUAUUACUUCUUCUUCAUGGUCGUUUGGAUUUACAUGCGGCAUUAUAUCAACUUGCGGAUUCUGUGGGCGACGUUGACUGAAUUCCGAACUGUUGGACCAUACGAAUUGAAUUGGGAGACUCAGCAGUACAAGUGCUGGAUCAGCCAGAUUAUCACGUUCGCCCUCCUUGCCUGUCUACAAGCUGUCAAUUUGUUCUGGUUGUUCCUGAUUUUGCGCAUCGCUAAGAACUUUGUUCUUUCCCGACCGGUGGCGGAUGAGAGGAGUGACGACGAAGAUGAGGAAGACGACGUCGACCCCGUUGGAAAAGAUAGCCAAGAUGCUAAGAUGAACGGGACCAAGCCUGUUGUUCUCGUCAACGGCGUGCCUCUGGAGGGUCACUCGGCAGCGCAAGGAGUCAGGAAAAGAAAAGGGUGA